AUGGCACCAGUCAUAUGGGGUCUCGAUUUGAAGGAUAUCCAUUGGAGGAAGUUCGGGAGCGACUAUAUGUGGAAGAAGAAAGACUACCACAUGCGACGGACCAAAUUCGUGAUCUACCAAGUUGCCAUGAUAUGCAUGGUUGUAUCGGAAUCAAUAGGCACCGCUGCCUUGACAGACUAUGUCAAGCAACAGUCAAGGAUUGAGAGUUUACACUCUUCCGCAGCUGUACACAACGACGACUUCGUCGGUAUUGCUUCAUACAAUAUUUUCUGUGGUGUGGCGGUUGCUACCAUCUUCGGGGCCGGGUUCUUCUUCGAUCUCUUCUUCCCUGAACGCUACGAGCCCAAGAACAUUCGAUGGUCAUGGAGACUCAGUGCAGUCUUUGUGACGUUGUGUACCAUUGGCGAUGCACUCGCCUUCACAGUCAUUGUGGCAACCGGCAAGUCUUGGAUCUCGGCCGACACACAGGACGCAGAAGAGAUUGCUCAAGAGAAAAUCAAUCCUCCGUUGAUCUAUCGGCACAACGGUAGAGCCAUUGCCGCUACCGUGUUCCUGUGGAUUGGCAUGUGUGCAACUGUGGCUAGCUGUAUCAUCAUGUGGCUCUACUACCAGCAUCUUGACACCUAUGGACCGAAGUCCCACACUGCUCGUAUGCGGGAUGAGGUUGACAAGACGAUCUUGAUCAACGAGAGAGCCCAAACGGGCAUGAGCUCCCGAGAACAGAUGACUUUCAACUCAAUGUAA